AUGCAGCAGCUGACCUGCACCCUACAUCACCUGCACGGUGUCCAAAGGAGUCCAAAGGAGACGGAGACUCACGUGGCGACCUCACCAACGCUCCUGCCAGUAGUCCACUCGAGAACGCUAACGGGUAAUGUGAACGCAGACUUUGGCAGAUUUCGGGAGGAAAGCCGAACCUCAAAGUCGUUUGACGGCCUCUCCGAGCGCAGUCCUGUGUACCCCAAGACAAGGAAUCAAUAUCAACUUAAGUAG